AUGAUUCUCAAAUGGGCAAUGUUUCGAAGAACUUUCGCAACGCCGAGGCAGAAGUUGAAAGGCUACAAAUUUCCAGAAGUGAAGAAAGACGACUGUGAACAGAAGUACAUUUCUGGGUGGGGUCCUGGCGGUCAAAAAGUUAAUACUGCUCAGAAUGCGGUACAAUUGACACAUCGUCCUACUGGUACCGUUGUGAAGGUUCACGAGUCCCGCCUUUUGCCAAAGAACAUCGAAAUUGCAUUUGAGAGAAUGAAAGUUGUGUUAGACAGACAAAUAAAUGGAGACAAUUGUUACGAGGAGCAACUAAAAAGACUGCAACAAGCAAAAGAAGUGAAGGCGAAUAAGAAAAGAGAUCAAGCUAGAAAAGAGAAAAAAGUCUUCAAGAAGGAAUUGGAAGAGAAGAAUUUUGAAUAA